CGCCACGCCCGCGCACAGUGUUCCGAGCCGGCCGGCCGGUCGCCGACAGAACAGCACAGCUCACGCCUGCCAGUGCCGCGUGCCUCGUAGCGCCUUCAUGUCGCCAGUGCAGCGCCUCGACUGCUGACCGCCGCCCGCCUUCAGACACCCGCCCGGCCUGCCGCACGCUUCCUUCCUCCUACAGUCAUCGACAUAAACACAAGAUGCUGCAGCAGAUCCUGAAGGAGAUGUGGGUGGACCCCGAGCUGCUGGCGGAGCUGGACGACAACCAGAAGCAGACGCUGUUCUGCCGCAUGCGCGAGGAGCAGGUGCGCCGCUGGAAGCUGUGGGACAGCCAGGCGCCCGUGCCCGAGCGGCCGCCCAGGCCGGCAGAACCAAACAAGAAGAAGGUUGAUUUUCUGCUGGGAUCAGAUGGGGAGCCCUGGGUGUGGGUUAUGGGGGAACAUCCAGAUGACCCAUCGAUAGAAGAGAUCCUUGAGCGUGAAGCAAGGGAAAAGGCAAGGCAACAAGCUGAAAAAGAAGCUGAACAGCUCAGAAAGUCAAUGGAAGCAGAAUUGACUGAGCUACUGGACUUAAACCAGAAACAGAUACAGGCUAUGGAGGCCCUUCAGCGCAAAGAGGCAGAUCCAAUGGAUAUAUACUGCUCAGUAGAUGAAAUCAGAGACAGAAUAAAACAGCAGUUUCCUAAUAAUAACACGAAGAAUAAUAUUAACAGCACUAUAGAGAUCAGCUUUGCUGAUAAACGUGAUGCUUUGCAAGAAAUAUCUCUCAAUACUCCAAAGAAGGUAUCUCAACGUGUUGCACUCUGGGAGAAACGUGUGAUGGAAGAAAGGACAUCUGAAAUAUUCAGACGGAUUCAACGUAAACAAAAAGAAGUUGCUAAAGAAGCUGAGGAGGAAGAGCAUAAGAAAGAACAGCUAUGGAGGGAGCAAGAACGUAAAGCAAAAGAAGCUGAAAUGCAGAUACGUGAAAUAGCACGGCGUGCUCGAGAAGAACAUCGCAGAACUUCAGUACUGGAUAUGGAUGUUGAUAUUCAGGCCAAUUCAACCAAAAAUACACUCUCUGUGGAAACUAGCAGCAGUCAAAAUAGCCAGUCAGCUGUCAACACAACUAAUAGCACAACAACUGCAAAGCCAGAAAGUAAAGAAGCUGUGGUGGAAUGGUUCCGCUCUAGUGAAAUAGCACGAAGAGCAGGCUUAGAGCCUACAUCUAAUCAAAUAUCUCCUUGGUUCCAUGGACUCAUAACACGCCAAGAAGCUGAGGCACUUUUGCAGGACCAGUCAGUGGGGACAUUCUUAGUAAGAGUGUCUGAACGUAUAUGGGGCUAUGCUAUCAGUUAUAAGGAUACAGAUCGAUGUAAGCAUUAUCUGGUUGAUGCUUCCAACGGACAUUAUCAGUUUUUAGGAGCUAAUCAGCUCAGUCACAACACACUGCGUGAUAUGAUACAGUACCAUGCAGAAAAUCCUAUCACUAUGAUGGGAGGUGAGAGAUUACUAUCUCCAUGCCCACGAAAUGAGGUACCUAGUAUUUUCAAAGGACUGCUUCAAAACAGCUGGUGAUUUUCCUCAGAAACAUAAGUGGAAAUGCCUAAGCCAGAAGUAAUUGCUUAUCAUUAGCAAUAGCUAAGACUGAACAUUUACCCACAGUUAACUCAUUUCUAGUUCUGAACUAGAAAAAAUAGAGGUAGUGAAGCAGUGAUGUGUUUUUUCAGUGUAAGCACAGGAAAAAGUUUGGCUAAUAUUCAAAACAAACUUCCUUGUGUAGUACCAGUGAAUGUAAUCUGUUAAUAUAAGACCUGUACAGUGGAUAGUGAUUGACUCUUGGUAUUUAUAAACAAAGAGAUUGUGUGUGUUAAAUGUUUGUGUUGUAAUGUGCUGUCAUUCUGUAGUAUGAAAUAUUUCAACAUCCACCCUCACUUUUUAUCCAUUAACACUGUUGUAUUCCUGUGUGGUUGACACAGAGGAAGGUGACAGUAUCACAGUGCCAUGACUCAUUUACUUGCUAUUAAUGUAAAUGGAGGUAGUCCAGGUUAUGCAGAGGGCACUGUCUUGUGCUGUAAGGUUGUACAGUUUGUAAUGUACAUUUAUCAGAAGGAACAUAAUUAUGUUUCCUCAUAGAACUAUCAGAUGUAUUAAGCAGUGAGAUAGCAGUGUAUUAUGUCAGUUUUUCAAUAAUAUAAUUAGUCUGGUUGCUUUCAGCCCUACAUUAAAAAAGAAGAAAAUAAAUUUUAUAUUGGUG